AUGGACUCCGCCGACAAGUACGGACACAUCCCCAUCCCGACUUAUGAUGAGGCCACGUCGUUACGGCCUUCAUCUUCGCAGAACCUCCGAGGACCACACGAAGUCAGUGAUGAUGCCGAGAGGCAAGGCCUUCUCCCAAACGAAAGUCGCUAUCGCCCACCGACAGUGGAAUCGCCGCGAUCGAGUCAGGAUAGCGACUUGCGGCUGCCGGAAGUCACUGGCGAAGGCGAUGAGGAAAGACGGCAAAUAGAGGAGUUGGACUAUCUCGAUCCCUCCGCACCCGAUCCAGCGCAACGGCAAUCGCGCCUAUAUCACCGCGCCCGAUUACGUUCCAAGUUCUCGCAGCAUCUCUCAAGUCUUGGCGCCACUUUGUCUUCCAUUCGACUGCCUUCUUUUCGAUCCUUGUAUACCCCAGUAGCGACGGAAACCUCUACCGACCCUACGCCUCCGUCCACCGAUUCAUGGCUCACACGAACGAUUCGACGAUUCCCGACUGUUCCCGAGCAAUAUCGCAUGUCAGCAGGCACUGCGGCGCGAUUGUGCGGGUUGCUCAGCAUAGCGAUUUUGAUAUAUGUGCUGUUUAUAUUGGAUGUAUUUCCGGGCAAUGCGCGUUUCAUGGGGACACGCUUCGACCCGGAAUCCGUACGAGCAUAUGUACAGGACAAUGUGGAUGCAAUGCGGAUAGAAGAUUACUUGGCCCAUAUAACUGGAUACGACCAUGUCGCAGGGAGCAAAGGCGAUCUGUACUUGGCAGAGUACAUGAAAGAGCAGUGGCUGGAGGAAGGCAACCUGGACGAUGUUGCCUUGCUGAGUUACUAUGUAUAUCUGAACUAUCCCACCCCCGAUGGGAGGAGCGUGGAGAUCGUGAAGCCGGAAAGCAAGAAAUGGAGAGCGAUUUUGGAAGAGGAGGUAGUGGACCCGAAUCGACAACAAACGUUGGCGUGGCAUGGUAACAGCAAGAAUGGAGAAGUGGAGGGGCACUUGGUAUAUGCCAACGGCGGCAGCAGGGAAGACUUCGAUUGGUUGAAGAAGCAGGGAGUACAGCUGAAUGGAAGCAUAGCGCUCAUGCGGUACUACAGCACGCAGGGCGACCGAGCGCUGAAGAUCAAGGCUGCCGAAGAAGCGGGAUGUGUGGGUGCUUUGAUCUACUCGGAUCCUAGCGAUGACGGCUCAGCAAAGGGCGCCGUCUGGCCGGAUGGACCAUGGAGACCGGACGAUUCUUUACAACGAGGAGGCGUGUCGAUGAUGAGCUUUCUUGUAGGAGACCCUUUGACCCCUGGAUAUGCCAGCACUCUGGAUGCGACUCGUAUCUCCAAGGACGAUAAUGUUGGCUUGACUAAGAUUCCAUCCUUACCAUUGGCAUGGAGGGAUGCCAAAGUCCUCCUGCAAGCACUACAAGGCCAUGGAAAGCAGGUCCCCAAGAAUUGGGUUGGGGGCAGCCAGGAUUUUGGGAACGAGUGGUUUUCUGGCGAGGAAGGUAACGAUGGACCAGUCGUCCACCUCAGGAAUCUCAACGAUGAGAAUGAGCUUCAGCAGAUCUGGAACUUGCACGGAAUGAUUGAAGGCUUGGAGCAACCGAAGAAGAAGAUCAUUGUUGGCAACCACAGGGAUUCUUGGUGCUUUGGAGCUGUCGAUCCAGGGAGUGGGAGUGCGGUCAUGAUGGAAAUGGUGAGGAUCUUUGGAGAGCUGCGGAAACUUGGUUGGAGGCCUCUUCGAACUAUCGAGUUCGUCAGCUGGGAUGCUGAGGAGUACAACUUGGUCGGCAGCACGGAGUACGUCGAAGACAACCUGGACUACCUGCGAGUAAACGGCAUGGCAUAUCUCAAUGUCGAUGUCGGCGUGUACGGUCCUGAUCCACUGUUCCAGGCAUCUGGAAGUCCUGUCUGGCAGCCAUCGCUGCUGCAUGUCCUUGACCGCACUAGCACUCCUGACGGCAACAACACCCUUCGCGAAAUCUGGGAUCAGAAGCAAUCUCAGUUCGACGGCCUCGGUGCUGGUAGUGACUACGUGGCCUUUCAAGACAUUGCGGGAACAUCAUCCAUCGAUUUCGGCUUCGGAGGUGGAGACCAUGGCUUCCCCUAUCACUCCUGCCACGAGACAUUCGACUGGGUGAAAAGAUUCGGAGACCCAGAUUUCGGCUGGCACAGAACCCUCGCGCAAGUGUGGGCUCUCCUCAUCCUCGAAAUUGCCGAUCGACCUAUCGUACCUUUCGAUGUGAAAUCCUACGCAGAAAAGAUGAAGGGGCAAUAUUUCGACGAGCUUCGCAAAUUUGCAGAGAAUAAAUUGGGCAAACGGGACAUCGGCAUUGACUUGCAACCUCUCAUCGACAUCGCGGAAGAGCUCUCCUCCUGCGCUGACGAAUUCCAUCGCUUUGAAGACCUUUGGACCCUUAAUGUUUUCGGCUCUGGCGGUCUCGAAAACUCACACUUCGCCAUGAAGCGAAUCGAGUACAACAACAAAGUCACCAACUUCGAACGAGAUCUGCUCGACAUCCCCACCGGCGACGAACUCAAAGACGGCGGGAAAGAAAAAGAUCACGGCCUUCCCGGGAGACAGCAGUUCAAGCACGCCAUCUUCGCACCCAAGAUGUGGGAUGGGUACGGGACUGCGUACUACCCCUUCGUAUGGGAUGCGAUUGAGAGGGGCGACAAGGAAGAAGCACAGAGGGCUGUGGAGAAGACGGUGGGAAUUAUCCGUGUGGCGAUUGAUCGCUUGAAGGACUGA